AUGGCGGCUUCCUCUGAUCCAACCUAUCCCUUGUAUUCUGUCUUUUCUUUCAUCGGUUUCAUUUUGGUCUGCAUCCCUUUCUGGUGGCAUAUCCAGGCAUGGAAUGCGGGGACUUGUGCCUUUAUGAUCUGGACAGCUCUCUCGUGCCUCAUUGGCUUCAUCAACUCGCUCGUUUGGAAAGGAAAUGCUCUCAAUCCGGCGCCUGUCUGGUGCGACAUCUCAUCCAAAAUCAUGAUCGGUGUCAGCAUAGGAAUCCCAGCAGCCACUCUUUGCAUCAGUCGUCGACUCUACUGCAUCACCUCUUCUCCCUCGGCCUCGGUCACUCGCGGAGACAAACGGAAGAUGGUGGUCAUUGAUCUCGCGAUUGCAUUCGGUAUCCCCGCGCUUGUCAUGGCUCUUCAUUAUAUUGUUCAAGCUCACCGCUUCGACAUUUUGGAGGAUGUAGGCUGUUAUCCUGUUGUUUAUAACACCCUUCCGGCCUACUUCAUCUAUUUCAUGUGGCCUGUCCUACUCGGUGCCAUCUCGUUCGUUUACUCAGGCUUGACCUUGCGCACUUUCUGGGUCCGCCGCGCGCAAUUUUCCCAACUCCUUGCGUCGACCUCUGCCAUGUCUCCCAGUCGCUAUAUUCGCCUCAUGCUGUUGGCCGUCAUCGACAUGAUGUGCACCGUUCCCCUCGGCGUCUGGUCCAUUUACCAAGGAAACAAGGGCGUUGGUUUGGCUCCUUGGAUCUCCUGGGAAGAGACCCACUACAAUUGGUACAAGGUCCUCCAGAUCCCUGCCUUGUUCUGGCGUAGCGAUCCCAGCUUCGUCGCCGCGGUCGAAAUGACGCGAUGGCUGCCUGUAUUCUGCGCAUUCCUGUUCUUCGUCCUCUUUGGCUUCGCCUCUGAGGCACGUAGACGAUAUGUAGCUGCAUUCUGGUUCUGCGCCAAGCCCUUUGGUCUCAAACCGGCGGAGAAAAACAAGUCGUCUACCACUCUCCCAAGCUGGGCCAAACCUCUCAAGAUGGGCACUAGUGCCGCCACUCUUGUUUCCCCUCCGGCUUACUCUCAGCACGGUCCCCUUGCUUCGUCGAAGAAGUCCCUAUUCAGUCCAAUGUCGUCAUCUAAGUCGCUCGAAUUCGAGACAACGUCAGAGAAGACAUGCGCCUCAGUCUCCCCUACCAAGCCUUUCAAUGGAGUCGACACCAGUAAUGGCAGCGAGAGCGGUGUUUUCUCAUCUCCCACCUCCACCAAAGUCAAUUUUGAGCCUUUGGACAUUUCCCUCUCUCAGUCCCCUCUCAAAUGCGACUUUAAGCGCGCCUCGGUGCCGUCUUCAAUCAAUGACGUUGAUUUGGAGUCGGGCUUGACGCCUUCGGAAUGCGCCGAAUCUUCCACAUCCCCAUCGUCUCCGUACCUGCACCCUUCGCCCAUUGCUCAGCCGUCCCCCCGUCGACUUCUCGAUCCUGACUCUAAUCCUUCCUUGACCUCCUUGCGAAGCAGGUCUUCAGAGGACCGAAUUUAUCUCGACGGCCGAAGGACACCCACACCCUCCCCAGCGCCUUUCACCACCUCCUUCGCCGAGCCUGUUGUCCAAACCGGUGCACCUGCCUUCCACAGGCCGUUCUCUCCUCCCAACGAGUACCCGAGGAGUGUCGCUCCGCAUCCCAACUCGGCACCAUUGGCAAUUCCGCUGCCAGACGGUAUCUUUGUGACUGUCCACACCUCGACGUCCACGUCGAGUCUCCACUCAUAG